UCGCACGGCGCGCAUGCUGGCGUAAAGACGGACUCAAUGCUUAGACUGCGCGCGAAAUGGCGGGAACUUUUCGAUAACUUUUGUAGUAGAGUACGUACAAACGUUCUUUGCCGAAAGCGUUAAUUUACAACAGUUUUAAUAAUAUUUUUAAAUAGGUGUAAAGUAAAAAAAUACCAAUGCUUAUGUUUUUUGAAAGUGUAUAGAAGAAUUUUCUGGCGACUUUAUAAAAUCAGAUAAGCGUAUAAAAAAUGCCACGAAAUCAGCGACUAAGUAUAAAUAAUAUCUAAACCAUGUCAUUAUUUUAAAACCGGGCUAACAAUGAAAAGACUAAAAAGGCCAGGAUUUGGUAAAACUGUAAUAUAAACAAGUUCAAAUGUGGGGUGCGGAGAGCGUGUCGUAGACAAUGCACAGCCUGCUGCGUACGGCUGUGGCGUCGGCGUUACUACAGAUACUCCUGUGUUUCGCGGUCGUGAAUGGCGUCAGCUGGGAGGAAUGGUGGACCUACGAUGGCAUUUCAGGUCCAGCGUUUUGGGGGUUAAUCAACCCGGAAUGGUCACUAUGCAACAAGGGCCGGCGGCAGUCGCCGGUCAAUCUGGAGCCGGAUAAACUUCUCUUCGACCCGAACCUACGGUUUUUACACAUAGACAAGCAUAGGAUAAACGGUUUAAUUAGCAACACAGGACACUCGGUGAUAUUCACGGUGGAAAACGAAACUCGACAUCACAUCAACAUCACUGGAGGCCCGCUUUCGUACAAAUACCAAUUCCACGAAAUCCACAUACAUUAUGGGCUUCAUGAUCAAUUUGGCUCCGAACACGCUAUAAACGGAUACUCAUUCCCUGCUGAGAUACAAAUAUUCGGCUUCAAUUCGCAGCUCUACUCGAAUUUUUCGGAAGCGCUGCAUAAAGCUCAAGGAAUUGUAUCAAUAUCGUUAUUAUUACAGCUUGGAGACUUAUCCAAUCCUGAGUUAAGAGUGCUGACGGAGGAACUAGAAAAUAUUAAAUACGGAGGUGCCGAGAUGCCCGUAAACAAAUUGUCCGUACGUGGUUUGCUGCCAGACACCGACUACUACAUGACUUACGACGGCUCCACCACCGCCCCGGCCUGCUUCGAAACAGUUACCUGGAUCAUUGUAAACAAACCCAUCUACAUCACUAAACAGCAGCUCCACGCGUUAAGGCGGCUGAUGCAAGGCGAUGCGAGGCACCCGAAGGCGCCCCUAGGCAACAACUUCAGACCGCCGCAACCACUUCAUCACAGGGCUGUGAGGACCAAUAUUGACUUCGAUUUGAGCAAGUUUCCCGGAAAAACUUGCCCAAGCAUGCACAGAAACAUGCAUUACAAAGCCAAAAGCUGGACACAAUAUUAAUUAUUAUUUCUCAACGGUAGGCAUUCAUAUAGAGGCUAUGUAGAAAUAUAUAUAGUAUAAGUAACUUGUAUAUAAUGUUUGUACAGUUAACUAUCUUGCUUAUGUAUGUAUGGAGUUAAAUGUAGUUUAAGUGGCACAACUUGUAAUAUAACAUUAUCGCGUUGUAGUAGCUAUUAAAGGUAUUGUAGAAAUAUUGUGAUAAGAAUAAACCUAUAAGUAAAUGUCUCCUAUAAAUCUAUGAGAAUGUUUUUUAACGGCCUCCAAACUAGGUAGAACAUACAUGGAUAUUUUCGGAUAGACUAUUUAAUGCUAUCUGUGCAAUUGAUCAUAGUAUAAAAUUACGGUGUAGAGUAAUUAUGCCCAAUCGCAUACGUGGGCCAUUAGUUAAAUUACGAUACCUAUAUCACAUUUACAUUUAUGUUGUCUAAUGAACGAAAAUUUUAAUCGAUAUUGUAAAUUUUAUAGUACGUUAAUUUAUUUGUCAUAGAUACUAAGUAGCUGUAGAGUUUGUUAACUACAUAUCUUUAUUAAUUAAUUUCCAAAUAUCAUCAUAUCAAAUUAAUUAAUAGGUAUAAAUGAUGAAAUCGUUUUUUAAUAUUGGCUACUUUUCCAAUGAUAUAUACCUGCUGCGGUACGGCGUCUAUAGCUUUAAUUAAAUUAUAUCUUAGCGUUAUUCAUUGCGAAUAGAUUGUAAUGUUACAAAAGUAUGUCAUCAUCGGAUACAUAUUGCUCGCUUUUGUGUAAGAUGUAAUAGAAAUAAACAAUGAUUAACUACAA